AUGUUCUGCUUCCCUUCCUCGUCUCCCUCAGUGCCUCGAUGGGCGAUCUACGCCAUCUUUGUGGUCGGCGUUCUGCUGAUUCUGAUCUGCUGCCUGUGUAUCUGCUGUAAGUGCUGCUGCAAAGGCAACAAGAAGAGGCGUCAGAAGAAGAACGAGAGGAUCAACCUGAACGACGUGAACGGAAAAACCACCACAGCUCUGGUUCAGCCCGAUGUGGCAGAUGUCGGCUACGGAUCGACCAAACAGCACAGAGGAAAGCUGCUCUACUCUCUGGACUACAACACCGCUCAGUCUGAGCUCUCGGUCGGAAUUAAACAAGCCGACGGCCUGAAAGCCAUGGACCUGGGAGGAAGCUUGGACCCGUACAUCAAAGUCUACACCUGCCCCGACAAGUCCAAAACCUUUGAGACCAAAGUGUUCAGGAACACGCUGAACCCCGCCUUCAACGAACGGUUUAGCUUCCAGAUAUCAAAGUCGUCGCUGCUGAAGUCGAAGGUGGUGAUGCAGAUCUUUGACUUUAACAGGUUCUCCAAACACAACAUCAUCGGUGAGCUCAGAGUUGAGCUCUGCAACGUGGACUGGAACCACGUCAUGGAGGAGUGGCAGGACCUCGCCGAGCCCGCCAAAUUUGAGGAGGAGAACCUGGGCGAUAUCUGCUUCUCUCUGCGUUACGUUCCCACCACCUCCAAACUGACCUUGGUGGUGCUGGAGGCCAACGGCCUGAAGACCAUGGACAUCGGAGGAUCUUCAGAUCCGUAUGUGAAGGUGCAGCUCGCUCUGGACAAGAGGAAGUGGAAGAAAAGGAAGACGUCGAUUAAGAAGAAGACGCUGAACCCGUAUUACAACGAGUCCUUCACCUUCAACGUGUCCUUUGACCAAAUCCAGAGGGUGCACCUGGUGAUCUCCGUGUGGGACCACGACGCCGUGUCCCGAAACGACGCCAUGGGGAAGAUCUUCCUGGGCUGCGACGCCUCGGGGAACCAGCUGAGGCACUGGGCCGACAUGUUGUCCAACCCGCGGCGGCCGGUCGCUCAGUGGCACAGCCUGCUGUCGGCCGAGCAGGUCAACUCCACCCUGACCCUGAAGAGGAAGAUCCCCCUCCAAAAUAAACUGCCCUUCUGAUGGCAUGAAAACACUUCAAAGCAUCAGAGAACGGAGAUUUAAAACUCUCUUUAAAGAUCAUUCCGCUGCUUUUCUUAAAUCUCUUUACACUCGAGAUUAAUUCAAAUUAAUCAUAUUUAAAUUUUGAGCACUUCCUGUAUGAAUUGUAUGAUACAAAACAAAUUUCAUCCCUCGAAUUUAUGAUGAUAUUCUAAAGUUUGCUGUGAUAUUAGUAUUAUCUCACAUCUAUGUGUUUAAAAUCAGAAGAUCUUUUAUGCACCGGCUCACCUUAUUUCAAAUGUUUAAACUUUGAAAACUUUCUGGAAAGUGAUUUUAUUUUGAAGUGACGAAUGUUUGUGGGGAAUUUUAUAUCACUUGAAUAUAAAUGAAUAUAUUUAUGAUAAUUAAUUUCUUGCUUUCAGCCUUUAAAAUCAAAUGAAAUCACUUCUGUCUUUUUAAGUGUAUUUAGUAUUCCCACUAUAAAGAAAAUACAGCUCACCUGAAAAGAAAGAACCCUGAAGUGAUAAAGUGAUGAAGAGAUGAAGUGAUAAAGUGAUGAAGAGAUGAAGUGAUAAAGUGAUGAAGAGAUGAAGUGCCCUCGUGUGGACAAAGGAAAGAAUUGGAUCCGUUUGACAUGGAAAUAGAGAAAAUCAAUAUCAAUAAAUAAAAUGGUGAAAAUCAAUAAAUAAAAGUCAAUAGAGUAAAAUUAACAACAGGGAUUCAAAAUAAUGUAAAAACCAAAGAUUAAGUUUAUAAACUAAGAAUAUAAACAACAUAACAAAACAUAACUUUAAUCAAAGUAAAGUGACACAAGUUAUCAGAUAAAUGUGCAAUAAAAAGUACAAUAGUUCAAUACAAUAGAUGCAUAUAAAUAUAUAGUAGCAUGAAAAGAAAAGAUUUUAAUUAAUUUGGAAAUGUGAUGUAUAAAAUGAUAAUACACAUUUUUCAUUUAUUUUCACAUUUAAUUGUUCAUUGA